CCUUUGCACUGCAGCCUCCUCGCUCGGGCGAGCGCCUCCCCUCCAUUCUCCCCGGCCCAGCAGAGUCGGGGGGGGGGGGGGAAUCCCAAAUUAAGUUCGGUGCCAGCUUUCGCUUUCCCUUUCCCAGCCGAGCUCAGGCUGCCGGCGACGAGUGAGCCCAGCGACUCGUGACACUUCCUGGGCUCUUUUUUCUGAUUGGAGACAAAUUCACCCCUCGGCCAAUCCCGGCUCUCGCCUCGCGUUCCUCCCCGCCAGGCCACUGCCUGUGGUGGCCUGGCUCGGGGGAAAGUGCGUUGCGAGCUCGGUGGGCGCAGAAGUGGCUUUGGGGCUGCGAAGAUGACCUUCUUUCGACGUUGCGUCCUGCCUCUUCGAUGUCUGCCUCUUCGACGUCGCCACCUGCCCCUCUUGGGGGUCGUCGCCCUCCUGCUGAUGGCGGUGGGGUGCUCCGGCUCCUCGCACUCCAUGCGCUACUUCCACACGGCGGUGUCUGAGCCCGGCCCGGGGCUGCCCCAGUUCAUCGCUGUGGGCUACGUGGACGACCAGCCCAUCGAUCGCUAUGACAGCAUCACAAAGAAGGAUAUACCUCAGGUCUCAUGGAUGGAAGAGUUUGGGAACGAUAAUCCCAAAUACUGGGAGACGGAGACCCAGAAGAGACAGGGCUGGGAGUCUAUAUCCAGAGUGGACCUGGUGACGCUGCGGAAGCGCUUCAAGCAGCAGAACAGCACAGGGGUCCACACCCUGCAGCUGAUGUACGGCUGCGAGGUGGGGCCGGACGGGCAGCUCAGAGAGGGGCGCUUCCAGUACGCCUACGACGGGGAGGACUUCCUUGCACUCGACAGAGGGACCGUAACCUGGACGGCCCGCGUGCCCCAGGCCCUGGUGACCAAGAGCAGGUGGGAGACCGAGACCCAGGAUGCCGAGUUCCAAAAGUCCUACCUGGAGGGGACCUGCGUGGAGUGGCUGCAGAGGUACCUGGGCUAUGGCAGCAAGACCCUGCUGAGGACAGAGGCCCCAGUGACGAGGGUGGCACGCAAGAAGGGCUACGAUGGACAGGAGACCCUCUUCUGCCAGCUCUACGGCUUCUACCCGAAGGAUAUUGAGGUCACCUGGAUGAAGGAUGGGGAGGACCGGAGGGCGGAGACCAUGACGGGGGGUGUCGUCCCCAACUCGGAUGGGACCUACAACACCUGGCUCAGCAUCGAGGUGGACCCCAAGGAGAAGGGCCGCUACCAGUGCCGGGUGGGACACGACAGCCUGCCAGAGCCCCUGGACUUGGCCUGGGAGGAGCCGGCAUCCAACUUGCUGCUCAUUGUGGAAGUCGUUGUCGGGGUCGUCCUUGCUGCCAUUCUGCUGGUGGUUGGGGUCACCGUCUACAUGAGGAAACGUAGGGCAGAGCGUGGCUACAAAGCAACACCAGGAAGCGACCAGGGGUCGGACAACUCCACCAGGGUUGAAGUGCCUGACGCAUAAGAAGAGAAUGAAGAGGAUCUACUCAAAAGAUUCUGGGGAUCUUCUGUCCCACGCAAAGAGCUUCUGCCACCUUCAACUCUUGUUUUUUGUUCCACCUAAUCUUUCUGGCAGCGGCUUCUGGUUCCCAUCUCUUUCGAUUGGAUUUUGUGGGAUUUUUCCCCCUAAUAGAUUUGGGUUGAUUUUGGUUUUGCCCUGAUAUUUGAACCAUUAGUAUUAAUAAGAAACAAACUUUAAUAUUUGCAACUGAAGUGCUAAUCUUUUUAAAAAGCUAAGCAAAUUCAUUUAUAUACUGUGCUUAAUGUGGCAUAUAAUCUGCAGUGAUUUUGACGCUGUCUGGGGCUUAGGGGUUGCUGCGUUCCUUCCUCCUCCAAUGCACUGUCUCUUUUUGACUUUAAAGUAAUACAUGGCCGUGAAUUGUUGUGUCUACUUGAAAUGCAAUGGGCCAGAGUUUGGGCUAUUUCCUAAAAGCUUUUGGUUGAGAUGCUGCGAUGUCAUAGAAUGUUCACAAGAAUCUCAGUGUUCAGGCUGGAUGUGUUCUCGGCAGAAAGCAAAGAUCGUAAUGUCUGCGUAAGUAACCAAAUGUCAGUUUAGUGAGGUGAGGAAUUCCACACUGAGGGGCCAAAGAAGAGAAUGGCAGCUGGAAAGAGGGGUGGCACCAAGAAGAGCAGAUUUUGCAACCAGAGGCUAAUGGGGGUGACAGAGCCAUCGUCUCUCAGGAGCCACCUCUGGGUCCAGCCAAGAUCAGUUCCAAAUCAGAUGAGAUACCCAGGGGAGGGUGGGAGAGGGGCUGCUGCUGGCAGUAGACAUCUAAGUCUUCACACUUUCGUAGAAUUCUUCCUUCCCUGGCUAGAGUAUUAUCUGCAUUUUGCCUUGAAUAUUUUUGAUGUAAAUAUUUUGCCUGUAAAGAUCCAUUUUGUUGAAAUAAAGAGAAAUAAAUUGGCUCCCC